UCGAGUUUAUUCGUUAUUAUUCUCCUCAAACGAACGGUCUAGAUCAUUUCUGCAUGCCCCCAAAAACACUGGUAACUCAACACAACACGCAAACACUAUCCUUUUCCUUUUCCAUAGCUCAACGUGGAGAAAGCAACGGCGCAGUUACUGUAACGGCGGUGCUUACGGCGGUGAACGAUUCUUCUUCGUUCUCCGCUAUUCGUUCCGUGAGAAAGAAAUCACGCCUUUGGAUUUAACUGCAUUGUUUUCUUCUUCUUCUUCUUCUACUGUUCGUACCAAGAUGGUUGCGCAGAACUUUGUAGUUGAUUUGAAUAAGCCCCUUGUUUUCCAGGUUGGACAUCUUGGUGAAGCUUACGAAGAGUGGGUUCAUCAGCCCAUUGUUAGCAAGGAAGGCCCCCGUUUCUUUCAAAAUGAGGUUCUUGAGUUCUUGACCCUCACAGUCUGGUGGGCAAUACCAGUCAUUUGGCUUCCAGUUGUAUGUUGGUUUGUAUAUAACUCUAUACAAAUGGGCCUCAGCUGUCCUCAUAUAGCUAUGAUGGUUGUUCUUGGCGUUUUUGUGUGGACAUUGCUUGAGUACACACUGCACCGUUUUCUUUUCCACAUCAAAACAAAGACCUACUGGGGAAAUACCUUGCAUUAUCUUCUACAUGGCUGCCACCACAAACACCCCAUGGAUGGUUUGAGACUUGUUUUCCCCCCUGCUGCAACAGCUAUAUUAUUGUUCCCGUUAUUUAACUUGGUGAAGCUCCUUUCCACCCCUGCAACCGCUCCCGCUGUAUUUGGAGGUGGCUUAUUGGGUUAUGUAAUGUAUGAUUGUACCCAUUAUUACUUGCACCAUGCUCAGCCAAAGACUGAAGUUCCCCGAAAUCUCAAGAAGUACCACUUGAACCAUCACUUUCGGAUCCAGGAUAAAGGCUUUGGGAUCACUUCAUCACUUUGGGAUAAAGUUUUUGGAACACUUCCUUCAUCAAAAGCAGAUGCCAAAAGUAUGUAAAUUACUGUUAGGGAUAGCAUAUGUUGGUUGGUUAAAAUAAUAGAAAAAUUCAGGAAUUCCUGUUUUAUUUGUCUAAUUAUUUAUUUUGCUCCACAUUUGCGUGGUUAGUUUGCCAUUUUUCGGUCAAUUUCAUGGUACCGAAGUUCUCCGAUUGUGAACACUCUGUACAAAUUGAUACUUCUUUUACCAGGUUUAUGGUGGAAAUCUCAUAUACUUGUGUAUAUGCCCUUUUGCUGUGAA